CUUAGCCCAGCUCGCUCCCACGCUCACUGCUGCCAGGCCCCCCUGCUAACUCCCCAGGCCACCCUGGACCCUGCGUCCCCCUGAAGCACAGGGCCCCCCAAAGCGUGGUAAGCCCAAACAUUGGCGGAGCCGGGCCCACGUUCCUACAUAUUGGUGGAGCAUGGGCACCACAGGCCCAUGUAAUUCGCUGCCUAUGGAGAGAGAUGGAGGGUGUCUAAGGGUACAAUGGGUGGAAGAACUUCAUCAGUUCUGUCGUCUGUUCCCUUACAGAUCCUGUUCUAUUUAAAUGGAUUUUAUUACAUCUUUUAUUUCUUGGCAACGCUUCUAAUGAUUAUUUAUAAAAGUCAAGUUUUCAGUUAUCCGGAUAAUUACUUGGCUCUCGAUCUUGCGCUGCUGUUCAUUAUGGCCACUCUAGAAGCAAUCCGAUUAUACUUGGGUACAAAGGGUAACCUGACAGAAGAAGAGGUUCCACUAGGGGUCAGUCUCGUGAUUACUGUUGGCAGCAUAAUGUUGUCUGUCUACUUCCUGGUGUGGGAGACUUACGUGCUAAAAGCAGACGUCAUUAUUAAUGCUAUUCUUCUUUUUACAUAUGGGCUUGAGGGACUACUACAGAUCAUAGCCAUUGCUGCAUUUGUCAGCUAAAUCUCUGCUGCUCAGAGUUGUAAGGUACA